AUGAAAGCGGAAGCCGAAGCAUUAAGUCGUGCGGGGCGCAGUUUCGAUCGUUUGUUGUUCGGCCUCCGUCACACCGGGACUAUUCCGGAAAUUGGCCUGCCACAGCAUGCAGUGCGCGAGUUUCUGAUGCGUUUGGCGAGUGUGGAUUCGAAUAAUCGUUUCGAUGGGACCAGCAUUGGAGCUGGGGAGCGUGAGGGACGUGUCUGCUCGGCACUGGUCCAUGAGCUGCAUCUCGGUUUCGCGCAUGGCAUCGGCCGAUCCGGCAACCUUACCGAGCGCCAGCCGAAAGCUAUUGGUUGCUCCAUUCUCUCCGAAAUUGCCAACAAACUUGCCCUUGAUGCUAUUCGCUUCCUGGGCAUCCCCGGUGCCAAAGCAGCUAUGGUUGUGCCGGUUGCCACCGGUAUGGCCCUUUCGCUGUGUUUGGGCGCAUGGAGGCAGACGAAAGCUCAUGCGAAAUUCGUGGUAUUUCUUCGAAUUGACCAAAAAUCAUGCUUCAAAUCAAUUUUGACGGCCGGUUUCGAGCCGAUCAUCGUCGAUUGUGUGCGGGAGAGCCCUAGCAACGAUUCUCUGAUAACAGAUCUCGCGACGCUGAGGUUGAUUCUGGAACAAAGGCACCAUGAAAUAAUUGCUGUUUUGAGUGCCACUUCCGGUUUCGCGCCUCGCAAUCCGGACAGUCUGGUAGCCAUCGGUGAA